ACUACCUCCAUUUUCUUUAAUUAAUUAAUUACACGCGCAGAUACACACAUUUGUGUGUGUAUAUUAGUUGUGUAUGUGUCCUCUAUCUCUCUAUCAAACCCAGGUGAGGUGAGAUGGGAUUUGGCUACUCUAUUCGUUACAAAAAGCUUUUCCAUUCCCUAUUUCCUCCUUUUUAGAGGUCAAAUCCCUUAUCAAGGAAAUUAAGGAAGAUAAAAGCUUCACCUCGAAAUCUUUCCCUUAAAGGUUUGGAUCAAAUGAUCAUUUGGAGAUUUGCGUGAAAAGAGAAGCCCUUUUUUCAGGAAAAAAAAUUCAAGCUGGUUAACUGCAAUAAGAUAAUUGGAUAUUUUGGCCAUCUCAACUUAGGAAUAAGCGUAAAGAUUAUUACGACUCCUGAGGAAGUCUUCUGGAACUAAAAGCAUUGGUUUUGUCCUAUUAGGAUUUUGAGGACUUGUAGAUGGAUAAAGGUAAGUCUCCAAAUCAUGGUAAUGGAAGUUUCUUGCCUUCAUUGGGAAGGUACUCUCUUUUUACGCCACCUGUUAGUAGUUAUAAUGGAAAAUCAGAGCUAUCUGGUUUGUCAAAUUUGCCUCCCUUAAGACCAGGUAGUUCAUCAGAGUUGGGUCAUUUCGGUCAUGGGAUGUCGUCAGAUUCGAGCAGAUUUAGUCAUGAUGUUAGCCGAAUGCCUGACAAUCCACCUAAGAAUUUGGGUCACCGGCGUGCUCACUCGGAGAUUCUUACCCUUCCCGAUGAUAUUACCUUUGAUAGUGACCUAGGUGUUGUGGGCGGAUUGGAUGGACCCACAUUUUCCGAUGAGACCGAAGAGGACUUGCUCUCAAUGUAUCUUGACAUGGAUAAGUUCAAUUCUUCAUCUGCAACUUCUUCGUACCAAAUGGACGACACGUCAUCAUCUAUUCCAGCAUCAGCACAGGUCAACCCUUCAGCUGAUAGUAUGGCUGCAGCUUUAAGCGAGAAGCCAAGAGUAAGACAUCAGCAUAGUCAAUCCAUGGAUGGGUCAACUACAAUCAAACCUGAGAUGCUUUUGUCAGGUUUGGAUGAAUCCUCUUCAGCUGAGUCUAAGAAAGCCAUGUCUGCCGCUAAACUUGCUGAGCUUGCACUCAUUGAUCCAAAGCGUGCAAAGAGGAUUUGGGCUAAUAGGCAGUCAGCCGCAAGGUCAAAGGAAAGAAAGAUGAGGUAUAUAGCUGAGCUUGAAAGGAAAAUCCAGGCUAUGCAAGCAGAAGCUAUGUCAUUGUCUGCACAGUUGACCGUGUUGCAGAGAGGUACAAAUGACCUUACUGCUGAAAACAGUGAACUCAAAUUGCAGCUGCAAGCAAUGGAACAACAACUGCACUUGCAAGAAGCGAUGAAUGAAGUUACAAAGGAAGAGAUCCAGCAUCUGAAAGUGUUAACGGGUCAAGCAAUUCCAAAUGGUGGACCUAUGAUGAGUUUUCCCGCAUCUUAUGGAGCCAAGCAGCAACGUUAUCCUAACAACAAUGCCAUGAAUGCAUUGUUAACUGCUCAACAAUUUCAACAGCUCCAAAUAAAUUCUCAGUUUCAGCAGCAUCAACUGCACCAGUUGCAGCAGCAACGAGCUUCAUUGCAGCAACAAGAACAGCAGCUGCAACAGGCUUUGGACUUGAAACAGAGUACUUCUCUGCCGACUCCCAUUAAAAAAGAGAAUGCUACUGCAGACACGCCUUUAAAGAACUAGAAUCUCGAACUGGCAUAUGCACUGGCUGUUGGAUGGUUAGUUUGGUUUUAUGCUUUUGGUUAAUACGUUAGAUGUACUAUGCUAUGUACAUCUAACUUGACAUGGGUAGGCAGUCUGUCAAAGUUGAGUUUAUUAAAUCACGAAGAUUAUUUAGUCAAAUAAUGCCCUUUACAGAAUCUGGAACUGGCUGUUGGUUUCCAGAAUCUUGUGAGGGUGUAGUAUUGUUCAGUUGUGCUUUAUACGGUAGAUUAUGUCACCAACAUCGCUCUAUAGGCCAUCUGUUAAAUUUCAGUUUAUCGAAUAUUAUUUAUGAAAAUAUCGUCCUCUAGAA